AUGAAGCGCCUGUGCGAGGAGAGCUGCUCGGACACCGAGUCGGACGGCACCAUCGACGUGGGCAAGGAGGAGGAGUACGGCCCCGUGUCCCGCGCCGUGUCGCCCACGACGAGCUCUCAGAUCCAGGCCAGGAAGAAGCGGCGCGGGAUCAUCGAGAAGCGCCGCCGCGACCGCAUCAACAGCAGCCUCUCGGAGCUGCGGCGCCUCGUGCCCACGGCCUUCGAGAAGCAGGGCUCUUCCAAGCUGGAGAAGGCAGAAAUCCUGCAAAUGACAGUGGAUCACCUGAAGAUGCUUCACGCCACGGGAGGAGCAGGCUUCCUGGACGCCCGGGCUCUGGCUGUGGAUUACAGGAGCAUCGGCUUCCGCGAAUGUCUCACCGAGGUUGUCCGGUACCUGGGCAUCCUCGAGGGACAAAACACAGCCGACCCCAUCCGCCUGCGCCUCCUCUCGCACCUCAACAACUACGUGGCGGAGAUGGAGCCUUCCCCCGCGGCCGCUUCCCUGCUGCCCGUGCCGGCCUGGCCGUGGGCCUUGUUCCACGGAGCAGCCGGUCCCGUGCACGUGGCCAGGAGGGAGGCGGCGCCGCUGCUUGUGACUGCAUCGUCCUUGGCGCCCGCGGGCGCCGGCGCGCGGCCGGCCGCCCUGCGCCGCGCGCCCGUGGACGGGGCCGCGUCCCGCCGCGGCGCCCUGCCCGCCCGCGUGGCCUCCUCCGGCCGCAGGGCCCGCGCCGCAGCCGCCGCCGUGCCCGGGAUGCCGGCGCCGAUGGGAGUCUCCAGGGAGGGAUCUGCCAAGAGCGGCCCGGUCGCCGCGUUGCUCUUCUUGCCGGCUGGUGCCGCUGUCCCGCCGGCCUACGCGGCGCCUCCGGCCGCGCGGGGACCCACCGGCAGGGUUGGGACAUCCAGGAUCUGCCGCUCCUGGGCUACCGAAAUCGGGGCUUUCUGAGCCUCCGCUUCCCUUGGGAGA